GCGAGAGAGAGAUAGGGAAGGGAGCGCUGCCUGGCUAGUGCCUAUUCCUGGGUUGGCUCAUGGGUGUGAAGGCGUGAAAGUGAAAGUGAAACUGUGAAAUAGCCCACGAUUUCCACCACGAACCCCCUACCUCCCUUCCUCCCUUCUUUCUUCCUUCUUUCCUUUCGUUUCGUGGUACAGUAUCUUCUUUUUUAGUUUAAUUGAUAUUUAUACAGAAGAAGAUACCUUCUUUUUUGUUUUUUUUUUUUUAUUAUUUGUUUUUCUAGAAUUUAAAUUUAAAAAGUUAGAUUAUAAAGAUAGAGGAAGAGGCAAAUUUGGUAUCAUAUCCUAUCAUAUAAUUCUCCCCCUCCUUCUCCUCCUCCCCCUCCUCCUCCCUCAUUUUGGUGGUCUGUCUUGAGAUCUGCUACCUAUAUAGCGGAUCUUCCAUUAUUUGCUUUUCUCUCUCUCUCUCUCUCUCUCUCUCUCUGUGAAUAUAUAUAAAGUCGUAAUUUGGGAGAAAGAGAAAGAGAAGAAAGAAGGGAAAGAAGGGAGAGAUGGAGAGCGAGAAGAAGGUAGCUGCAGUGUCGGAUGUGGGAGCUUGGGCCAUGAACGUCAUCAGUUCUGUCGGAAUUAUCAUGGCCAACAAGCAGCUUAUGUCCGCAAACGGUUAUGCUUUCAGCUUCGCAACAACUUUAACUGGGUUCCACUUCGCCGUAACCGCACUGGUUGGGCUGGUCUCAAAUGCUACUGGUUAUUCUGCAUCAAAGCAUGUUCCUAUGUGGGAGCUUUUCUGGUUCUCAAUUGUUGCCAAUAUGUCUAUUACAGGGAUGAACUUAAGCCUUAUGCUCAACUCUGUCGGAUUCUACCAAAUUUCAAAACUUAGCAUGAUUCCGGUGGUGUGCGUGAUGGAGUGGAUACUUCACAGCAAGCAGUACUCAAAGGAAGUCAAGAUGUCUGUUGUGGUUGUCGUCAUUGGUGUUGGUGUUUGCACUGUCACUGAUGUGAAAGUUAAUGCCAAAGGUUUCAUAUGUGCCUGUGUAGCGGUUGUGUCAACAUCUUUGCAGCAAAUUACAAUAGGUUCCCUGCAGAAGAAGUACUCAAUUGGAUCUUUUGAAUUGCUGAGUAAGACAGCCCCUAUCCAAGCGCUCUCUCUCCUUCUUCUUGGCCCAUUUGUUGAUUAUUACCUUAAUGGAAAAUUUAUAACAAACUACAAGAUGUCUUCGGGUGCCAUUUUAUUUAUUCUUCUUUCCUGCUCCCUAGCAGUAUUCUGUAACGUGAGCCAGUACCUGUGCAUUGGGCGCUUCUCAGCUGUUUCCUUCCAGGUUUUAGGUCACAUGAAAACAGUGUGUGUCCUCACACUGGGGUGGCUACUGUUUGAUUCAGAGCUGACAUUUAAGAACAUUAUGGGGAUGGUUCUUGCAGUCGUUGGCAUGGUAAUCUAUAGUUGGGCUGUGGAGGUUGAAAAGCAGUCAAACACCAAGACACUUCACCACUUGAAAAACAGCCUGACAGAAGAGGAAAUCAGGCUUUUGAAGGAUGGGGUGGAAAAUAUUCCUUUGAAGGAUGUUGAACUUGGUGAGUCUAAAGAAUAGGUUGGCCCAUUUUUGGCCAGCAAAGAGUCGAUGAAAGGCUUUGUUUGUGGCUAGGGAUUACAGGUAUUUUUAUGCGUUUCAAUUCAUUUUAGUUUGUAUUUUAUUAUUAUUAUUAUUUUUUGUUUUUUGGAUCUGCCGACAAUCAUACAAAUCCAUCUUAGGAAUUGCGUUAUGUGCCCGUUAUUUAAUUUUCAUGGUAUUCUAAAUUAUUUCUUUUAUUACUUGUAUGUGCUAAGGUCGGGAUAAAAUGAUUGGACAACUGAAAUGUAAACUAUAUGUUAAUUGAAAGCUCUUAAUCUAUCUAUUUAUUCAUUAUUA